AUGUUUCGCCUCUCGUAUUGCCUCCUGGCACGCCCCGCCCUCCGCAAGGGGGCCGUAAAGGUCGCCAAGGCAGCGAAGGUGCUGCCUGUCAAGGGCCUGGCGCAGCCUGCCGCCUCGGUCCUUAAGGCCCCCGUUGCGCCGCCGCUCGAGAUGGUGCCCCCGAAGAUGCCGUCGCUUGACAUUGUCCCGCCGUCGCACGCCGCCGUGAAGCCGGUGGGCUCGGGGAAGGGGAAGGUGAAGGUGAGGGCCGCGUCUCCCAAAACGCCAGCAAAGAAGCCGGCCAAGGGCACCGCAAAGGUGGCGGGGGGCGCACCCCACAAGCCCGCGAAGGCAAAGCCAGUGGCGUCGAGGUUGGGCGCGAAGAAGCCGAUGAAGCUGCGGCUGGCUAGCAAGCCAAAGGCGAAGGCGAAGGCGAAGGCAAACACGAAGGGGACGUCGAAGGUUUCCAAGGCAGCGAAGCCGAAGGCCCCCCAACACGCGACGGAGAAGCCAAGGCGCAAGUGA